UUGUGUUUGCCUUUAGGACCCGGAGGCUGACACCCUGGGACAGAGAGAGAGACAGACAGAGAGAGAGAGAGAGAGAGAGAGAGAGAGAUUCUCCUAAACUUCCCACAUGCACUGAAGUUGAAGUGACAGAGCCCUGCCCCAGCCUGAAAAGACUGGACAGAGAGCUCCCACAACACUGAGCUAAAGUAAAGUGGAGUACACAGUACUGCGGAGUUCACACAGCGCUUGCAGCUCACUUUGGAUCGUGUUAUACUUCAGCGCUACUUUCCACUAAAUAAGGCAUUGAAGUGAAAGAGGAUUAUUACCGUCACUGCAACAUGGCAGCUCUAUUCAAAUGCCUAUGGGCUUGUUUUUUGUCCGUAAGUGCCCACUCGCGCGAGCAUCCGCCGUCCUGAGGCACGAGGAAGCAGCAAAAGCAGCAAACCACCUGUCGCACGUGCUUUCGGGGAGAAAAGGAAAACUUCUGACGGAUAUUAAGCGCACUGUCACUCCGCGAGCGCGCUGCGCGUGCCAGCACAUGCAGUUUGGAUCGCCUCGGUUAACUGUAAUCGGUGUCUGAGAAGACAUGUGACAGCAUUAUUUCUACUCUCUCUCUCUCUCUCUCUCUCUCUAUCUCUCUCUCUCUCUCUCUCUCUCUCUCUCUAUAUAUAUAUAUAUAUAUAUAUAUAUAUAUAUAUAUAUAUAUAUAUAUAUAUAAAUAUACAUAUAUAUAUUCCCCAAAUCUGCCAGCGGAUCGCGUGCGCGCACGGUGGUGGACAGCGUCAGAGCGGUAGAAUGAGGAAUGACGCGCGUGCACGAUGGCGCGAGAGGACUCGGUGAAGUGCCUGCGCUGUCUGCUUUACGCUAUCAACUUACUCUUCUGGUUAAUGGCUCUGUGUGUGUUGGGAGUGGCUGCGUGGCUUAGGGAUUACCUGAACAAUGUGCUCACCUUAACUGCGGACACCAGUGAGCCUGGAGCCUAUCCCAGGGAACUCGGGACAAACUUGCGGGGGACACCCUGGACGGGGUGCCAAAACAUCACAGGAAACAAUCACACACUAUCGACAAUUUGGAAAUGCCAGUCAGCCUACAACGCGUGUCUUGGGACUGGGGGAGGAAACCCCCAAAACACGGGGAGAACAUGCAAACUCCAGGCACACAUGGCAGAGGCAGGACUCGUACCCCCAACCCUGAACGUGCUGGAAGAAGCAGCAGUCCUCACAUACUCCCCUGCGGUCCACCCCGUUGUCAUUGCUGUGUGCUGUUUCCUAAUCAUUGUGGCCAUGGUGGGCUACUGUGGCACGCUGAAAUGCAAUCUUCUGCUCCUCUCCUGGUACUUUGGCAGUCUGCUGGUGAUCUUCUGUGUGGAGUUGGCCAGUGGUGUGUGGACAUACGAGGAGCCAUCAGUGCAGCGGUCAGACAUGAUCAGCCUGAAGUCACGUAUGCCGAACUACGGCCUGCAGCGCUACCAGUGGCUAACACACGCCUGGAACUCCUUUCAGACUGAGUUUAAAUGCUGCGGCGUGAUCUAUUUCACUGACUGGCUAGAGAUGACGGAGAUGGAGUGGCCACCUGACUCCUGCUGCUCCAAUCAGUACGCAGGCUGCGCUCGCCACGCCCACUACAGUGACCUGAGCGACCUCUACCAGGAGGGUUGCGGCCCCAAGAUAUACAGUUUCAUCCGUGGCACGAAGCAACUGCAGGUCCUUCGUUUCCUGGGUGUGUCUAUAGGAGUGGCGCAGAUCCUGGCCAUGACGCUGACCCUCACGCUGCUCUGGGCGCUCUAUUACGACCACAAACCUCCCGAUCCUACGCCACCUGACACAGUUACACACACACACUGCCUUGCUGAGGAGUCCCAAAAACCUGGACAUGGGUACCUACGGACAGCCGACACCUGGGCUAAUGGACACAGCCAGUUUGAAAUGGAGCAGCUCUCUUAGCAAAAAGCGCUGUUAGUUUUUUUCUUACAUAUCUAAAACAUAUGGAGCUUCUUCUGUAGACUGGAACCGCAGCUACAAAGGGGAUGGGGUAGCAGGGAAUAUACAGCACCUUAUACAUGGAUAUAGAUUAGGAUGCUGUAGAACACUCACAACAUACCCUUAAAAGCUCGAAACACUCAGAUUAAGUAACCAAAGACGAUUCUGGAAGCGUCCCUACAUAGCUAUUCAGCCUUUCCCCACUAGAACCGUUGAGUUAUAGAAGAUUGGAGGAGGCUUCAUGAUUUUUAUGUUCACAUUUUUACCUGACAUUUCGGGAUUUAAAGGACUAUAAUCACUAGACGCACACAUAAACUUGGGUCUUAACUGUAUUUUAAGGGUGUAUUAAUGAAUUCUCUGCUAUUCUAAGCUUUUUUUUUGUUUUGGAUGCACCUCUACAUGUCUUAAUUCACUAGCACUGUGAUGUAAAUUAUCGAAAGAACAGUUCUAGUUUUAGCCAAUAAAAUGUUACAGCAGUGGCUUUGCUAUAAGAAAGGUUGAACACAAGCUGUGCUUUUUAAUCACGUAGCAUGUACACUGAAGCAUGUGUGUGAAUUACAGUGCAUUUAACAAUCAGAAUCAGGUCUUUUUAAUAUUUUUUUUUAAAAGUGUGUUUGUUGAAACUGGGCUGAAAUGUAGCUCAUUACUUGUUUAAGGAUAUUUUACAGACUGAAUUACAGUUACCUGCAGCAGGAUGUAAUAGAUAUAGUGUGUUUUUAAGGACUGAAAAGUGUGCUAUUAUAGGAAAUUAAUCAACAUCGGGGUGGUAGCAGCCCACAGCUUUUAAGGAUUCCCCUCAGAUGGACAAACUAAAGAACAGAAGCGUAUUCUCCAGUUUUUUGCUAUGUGAUGUACAGAUGGGUGACAAUUUUUUUUCGGGGGGUGACAAAGUACCACAGGCUUCCAAUAACUUCCAGAACAGACCUGGCAUAAAUUCUCUGGAAGUCUCUGGAAAUGUACUGGAGUAAUGGACACCAUUUUUCUAAAAGAUCAUUUGUCCACGAUUGUACCCAUGGCAUUUCAGAGCCACCAGUUUAUCUUUUAUCCAUUUUGCUGGGCAAACUUAUAAUGGUUAUUAGGUUAAUUCAGUUCCAACAACAGAAAAAUGAAUAUGAAUGCACAAUAGUUCAUUUAUUAAAAAGUUUUAUCAGUA